CGUACGCAUUUUGGAAGCACUUGACGAGGGGCAGGUAAACACAACGUGGACCGGGUAACUCAUGAUGCCGCCAGGCAACGUGGUUUCUUGAGGAUGACUAAACAAAUGCAAAGGGAAACAACGAAACACACAAGGGGCCCUUUUCAGACGCUGGCGUCGAGCUCUUUUGAUUGGGAAGACGCAUCUCAUCCAGGGAAUGUGUGAAUGCGUAGCUUCGUAAGGACGGAUUUACUUUGCCACUGGCAUGAGUGAGUGCCCGUUUUUAUUACGGACUGUCGAACAUGUCGCCAAUCAAUCCGUGCCAGGCUCCAAAAAAUGGGUUCAUGAGAUGCGGGCUAGGAAACAUGCGAAGAUGACAGGGUUGCCUGUUGCUCCAUAUAAAUUGUGAAGGGGCCUCCGGAAAUCGUCAGUUCAUUCUGAGUGAUCAAAGUGGUUACAGAUCUGCUUUGAGCAUUGACAAAGCAGAAUCUCGUCUUCUUUUCAACAUCUAGUCUUCUUCAAGUUCUCUCCUUAUUCAAAGGGCAUUAAUAUUUAUUUAAACCACAUCAUGAAGGUUUUCGUUGGCAUUCUUGGCUUUUUGGCUUUGGCCUCUCGAUCGGCUCUAGCUGAUGGAGGUAGUCAUGGAGGCAACCAUGGAGGUCGCCAUGGUGGCAACCAGAACGGCCUCGGACAAUAUGGCAACGGAGGCUUGUUCUCUAAUGGCUUCCAGUCUGAGGAUGCUAGUUUUGGCAAUACUUACUCUGCCCAAAACGUGCAACCCUCUUAUGCCAACAACAAUCAAGGGUCUUUUGGCAAUGACCAAGCUGUCUAUGGGGGUGGAGCUGGAGGUGAUGACAAUAUUGCUAUGCUGGAGAAGGCUGUUCCUGGCACACCUGGCGAAGAUUACCCUAUCUACGCCGAGGUUCCCGAGACUGCCUUCAUUUGCGACGGUCAAGUGGACGGUGGAUACUAUGCUGACCCGGAAGCUGAGUGCCAAGUUUUCCACAUCUGCUCCAACGAUGGACUAGGUGGUCUGACCAAAAACUCCUUCUUGUGCCCUAAUGGAACCAUUUUCAACCAAGAGUACUUUAUCUGUGAUUGGUGGUUCAACUUUGAUUGUGGUGAGGCCGAAGGUCUUUACUCAUUGAAUGACGACAUUGCUGCAGAACGGGAGGCCGCCAGCCAAAAUAACCAAGCCACUUACCAAUCGGCUGCAUCUGCCCCUCAAGCUUCUUAUGCUAGUGCUAAUGGUGCUGCUAGUCAAUACUCUGGGCCCAGCAACAACAACAACAACGGCAGAGGUCGCCAACCCGCCAACAAUGGUUACAGUGCUCCAUCCAAUGCUGGCAAUGCCCGCCGACCUGCUUCCAAUGUAGGAAGGCGUCAACCUUCCUCAAACGGUUACAGUGCUCCCGCUCCCGCCCAACGACCUGCUCCUAGCCGCGCUAACCGCCGACCAGCUCAAUCUCGUCGCCCUGCCGCUCAAAAUUAUGGCUCUCCAUCGGGCUCAAAUGGAGCUGCUGCCUCAAACCAAUACUCUGGUCCAACUAACGCCGCCCCAACCAACCAAUAUGGCUCUCCUAACAGCAAUGGUGCCACUGAUGGAGCUUCCGGUCAAUAUGGCGCUCCCACCCCCGUCAAUGGUGCUUCUGGCCAAUAUGGUGCUCCCACCCCCGCUAAUGGUGCUUCCGGUCAAUAUGGUGCUCCCACCCCCGCUAAUGGUGCUUCCGGUCAAUAUGGCGCUCCUGCCGCUGCCAAUGGUGCUUCAGGCCAAUAUGGUGCCCCUGCUUCUGAUGAUGGAGCCUCCGAUCAAUAUGGAGCCCCCUCUGAUAAUGGAGCUUCAGAUCAAUAUGGUGCUCCUGCUGAUGGUGCUUCUAAUCAAUAUGGCGCUCCCACUGGAUCCGAACAGGCUGGUGACGCUUAUGGUGCCCCUGUUGGUCAAAGUGCUUCCAACGGUUAUGGCUCUCCUAACUCUGGAAGCGGUGCUGCCUCGACUAAUGGAUACUCAGCUCCCACCAAUGGAGGACGUAACGGCGGUCAACGACGAGGUAACAAUGGAAACGCCCGUAGAAAUGGAGGCGGUCGUCGCAAUGGUGGUCAACGUCAACGUCCCAACACCUCUUAUGGAGCACCCGCUGCUGACAGCUACGGAUCCCCUGCUGCUGAAGCCCCCACCACUGGUGCUAAUUCCAACUAUGGUGCCCCUGCCUCUCAGGAUUCGUCCUCAAACUAUGGAGCUCCCACUGAGGCCACCUCUGGCUACGGUGCCCCUGGUGGCAGUCAGGGAGCUGGUAACUCGUACGGUGCUCCAGCUUUCGAGCCCACUCCCGUCUAUCAAGAUAACACCGUUGGAGCUGGCUCCAGCUAUGGUGCUCCUUCUAGCGAUCUUCCCAGCUACUCUGGCAAGUAAAUGAUCCCCCUGGAACAUUUCAAAGCCCCGUUUUCCUUCGUUUUCUCUCCCAAUCUCUCUCUGUUCACGACUCUCAUCAUAAUGAGCUGGCCAACAUGAAAAUUGCAAAUCCCGUGUAACAUCGAAUAAUUUAUGCUAUUAUCAUCAUCAUUUUUUCCUCUUUGAUAUUACGAUGCAAAACACUCAAAAUAAAUCCAAUCAUAUCAAAGGAA